GUGUUUAUUGGAAGUGACAGAUUAUUAUUAGGUAAAUGUCGCGUGAUUCUUUAGAAAUGUAGUAUUUCCAAAUGUUUUAUUUGCUUUUUUAAUAUUUGGUGGUGGCAAAUGAACACCGAGAUGACAGAAAACCAGGAUAUGGUCGAUAUUGGAAGCUGCGUAGCUAAAGACUAUCAGCAGAUGGAUGAAGGGGCCGAAUCAGAAACAACCAAAGAUGUGAGCCCACGAUCUCAUAGAUUAAUACAUUUUAACGCUGUACAACCUGUUAGAUAUUGCUCAAAUGAGAUCAGUACAGCCAAGUAUAAUUUCUUCACAUUCUUCCCCAAGUUCCUGUUUGAACAAUUUCGAAAAUAUGCCAAUAUAUUCUUUCUUUUUAUUGCUUUGAUACAGCAAAUUCCAAAUGUAUCGCCUACAGGAAGAUAUACAACAGCGGUACCAUUAUUACUUAUAUUAAUGGUAUCAGCUAUUAAAGAAAUAAUAGAAGAUUUUAAACGACAUAGAGCAGAUGAUGCUGUCAAUAAUAGAAAAGCUCAAGUAUUACGAGGUGGAACUUGGCAGACAAUAAAAUGGACACAAGUAAAUGUAGGAGACAUAGUCAAAGUUCUUAAUGGUGGAUUUUUUCCUGCUGAUCUCAUUUUACUAGCGUCCAGUGAACCCCAAGCCAUGUGUUAUAUAGAAACAUCUAAUCUAGAUGGGGAAACAAAUCUCAAACUUAGACAGGGUACUACACAUACAAGUGAUGUAUUAACAAGUGAAGAUUUGUUUAAUAUGAAGGGUGUAAUAGAAUGUGAAUUACCUAAUAGACAUCUGUAUGAGUUUGUUGGUAAUAUUAGACCAUCUGGAAAGAGUGCCUAUCCUGUAGGGACAGAUCAGCUCUUAUUACGAGGAGCUCUCUUAAAGAACACUAACUGGAUAUUUGGUGUGGUUGUAUAUACUGGUCAUCAAACUAAACUUAUGUUAAAUUCUACUUCUGCUCCAUUAAAAAGAUCAAAUGUAGAAAAACUAACUAAUACACAGAUAUUGAUAUUAUUUGUGUUAUUGGUCAUACUAUCAUUAAUCAGUGCUGUAGCUAAUUCUGUAUGGGAGAAUAAACAUGUGAAUAAAGAUUGGUAUCUAUAUAAUAAAGAUUCUGAGCCUUCCAAUUUUGGCUAUAAUUUACUUACAUUUAUUAUCCUAUAUAAUAAUCUUAUACCUAUCAGUUUACAAGUAACAUUGGAAGUUGUGAAAUUUAUUCAGGCAAUCUUUAUUAAUUGGGAUAGUGAUAUGUAUUAUGAUGUAACAGAUACACAAGCUAUGGCCAGAACUUCUAAUUUAAAUGAAGAAUUGGGACAGGUAAAGUUUAUAUUUUCUGAUAAAACUGGAACUUUAACUCAGAAUAUAAUGGAGUUUAGGAAGUGUAGUGUAGCAGGAGUAACAUAUGGAAAUAUUGAGGAAACCUGUCAUUCUUUUGAUGAUGAGACCAUGACUAACAAUUUAAAAGAAAAUCAUGCCACAGCGGGUGAUAUUCGUGAUUUUUUAACGUUAUUAGCUAUAUGUCAUACAGUUGUACCAGAACGUCAUCCAGAAACAAAUACUAUCACAUAUCAGGCUGCUUCACCAGAUGAGGCAGCUCUUGUGGAUGCUGCCAAAAAGUUAGGUUUUGUUUUUACUACAAGAACACCAGAAACAGUCUCUAUCGAAGUGUCUGGUAAAAAGGAAACAUAUGAAGUAUUGAAUGUGUUAGAAUUUACAAGUGAUCGUAAAAGAAUGUCAGUUGUAGUUAAAUGUCCGGAUGGUAGAAUACGACUUUAUACUAAAGGGGCUGAUACUGUUAUUUAUGAAAGAUUAGAUGAAGAACAGAAAUUUAGAGAUAUAACUUUACAACAUUUAGAGGAAUUUGCUACAUUAGGUUUGCGUACAUUAUGUUGUGCUGUAGCUGAAAUAUCCGAUGAGUUUUAUGAUGAAUGGAAACAUACAUUUUAUAAAGCUAGUACAUCCAUUCAAAAUAGAGAAAGAAAAUUAGAAGAAGCAGCUGAAUUAAUAGAGAGGAAUUUUAGAUUAUUAGGAGCUACAGCUAUUGAAGAUAAAUUACAAGAAGGUGUGCCAGAAACAAUAGAUUCAUUAAGUAAAGCUGAUAUUAAAAUCUGGGUAUUAACUGGAGAUAAACAAGAAACAGCCAUUAAUAUAGGUUAUGCUUGUAAAUUAUUAACACAAGGAAUGGAUUUGGUUGUUAUAAAUGAACAUUGUCUUGAUUCAACAAGAGAGACAUUAUUAAGUAGAAAAGCUCAGUUUGGUGAUGCGUUAGGUAAAGAAAAUGAUGCUGCCUUAAUUAUAGAUGGACAGACAUUAAAAUAUGGUUUAUUAUGUGAUUGUCGUAAAGAUUUUCUAGAUAUAGCUUUAUCUUGUAAGGCUGUUAUUUGUUGUAGGGUCUCGCCACUACAGAAAGCAGAGUUAGUAGAAUUAGUUAAAACCACACAGAAAACUAUAACAUUAGCUAUAGGUGAUGGAGCUAAUGAUGUUGGUAUGAUACAGGCUGCUCAUGUAGGUGUUGGUAUUAGUGGUUUAGAAGGUUUACAAGCUGCUUGUGCUUCAGAUUACGCCAUUGCACAGUUCCGAUUUCUAAAGAAGUUAUUAUUAGUACACGGAGCCUGGAGUUAUAGUCGACUGUGUAAACUUAUUCUUUAUUCCUUCUAUAAAAAUAUCUGUCUCUAUGUUAUUGAGUUUUGGUUUCAAAUAGUAAAUGGUUUCUCUGGUCAGAUUUUAUUUGAGAGAUGGAGUAUUGGUUUAUAUAAUGUGAUAUUUACAGCUGCCCCACCAUUAGCUAUGGGAUUAUUUGAUAGAUACUGUAGUGCUGAUACUAUGAUGAAAAAUCCUAUACUCUAUAAAGAUAGCCAAAAAGGAAGAUUCUUUAAUGUUAAGGUAUUUUGGAUGUGGAUUAUGAAUUCUAUAUUUCAUUCCAUACUUUUAUUCUGGAUGACUUUAGCAGCACUCAAACAAGAUAUUUCUUUCUCUGAUGGUAAAGUGGGAGAUUAUUUAUUUAUGGGGAACUUUGUUUAUACUUAUGUUGUGGUAACAGUGUGUUUGAAAGCAGCUCUAGAAACAGGAGCAUGGACUUGGUUAACCCAUCUGGCUAUCUGGGGCAGUAUUGCCUGCUGGUUUUUAUUCCUGAUAGUCUAUAGUCAUGUAUUUCCUAUAGUAGACUUAGCACCAGAAAUGGUGGGGAUGGAUCGUUAUGUAUUUGGUUGUUCUUUAUUCUGGUUGGGUUUAAUUAUCAUUCCAACAUCAUCAUUACUCAGAGAUUUCUCUUGGAAAGUAUUAAGGAGAUGGUUCUAUAAAUCACAGAGGCAAUAUGUACAAGAAAUGGAAUUAUCUAAUAAAGAAGCUGUUAUUCAUUCAUCUUCUCCUAAAAAGAAAAGACCAAUAUCAGAGAGAGCUCGUCUGUUAGGAUGUAGUUUAUUUUCACGACCUGGUAGAAUGUCACAGACCACAGAUCAACCACUUUCUUUUAGAUUCUGUAAUAUGUUAGAAUUAGAUACGUUUACAGCUCCGUCACCUACUCCUUCACAUGGUUAUGCAUUUUCUCAGGAAGAACAUGGUGUUGUUGGUCAGGCAAGAUUUGUUCGUGCUUAUGACACAACAAGAGGAAAACCAGAAGGCUUGUGAAACUUUGUUCACACCAAGCAGUCAGAUUAGAUUUAAACAAUCUAUUACAUAAGUAAUAUUAUGUACAUCUGUAUUUUUUAAUGUGUAAUUUAUAAUUGUUUUAUUAUCUUACACACAAGCUUGUAAUAUUCUUUGUCUUAAUCAAAACUAAACAAACCCUUCAUGUUAUUUAUCUUUUGCGUGUACAUUUUAAGUGUUAAGAUAGUUUUAGUGAUUUACACCUAAUUUCCUUUCAAAUUAUUGAAAGUUGAUAAAUUGUAACUUAAAUUUCGUCAAAUUCUUGUAAAGAAUGACCAACCCCAUCAUGUCAUGUAUGAUAGGCAGAUUCUUUUUUGAUCAUCAGUCAAGCCAUCAACAGAGAAUCAUUCAUCUUCUGGUGAAAAUGGUUAUUUCUGAUUUGGCAAUGAUCAACUGAUGUUUCAAAGAUAAUCCACUGAUCAUGCUAUUUAUUGGGGUUAACAAAAUCAAACUUGGUCUACCUCAGAAUUUCUCAUCCAAAUCUAAGAAAAGGGUAGACUUCUUUGAGUCGGCAUAAUAUUGAAAUCAUUGAUUUACCUAAUCAUUUGAAAGAAGUUAUUUAACCGAAUAUUUAUAAAACUGCAAUUGAGAAGUGUAUUUAACACUGGAUACUAAGUCAUGUCCUAGUAAAUAUGUAGGCUUUAUCCAAUAGUAUGACAUAUAAUUAUAGAUGUGCUUUCUAUGCUCCCACAUUUUAUUUGCUGUUGUGGGCAUAUGUCUUGUUGCCUAGCAACCUAUCUUUGUUUGUUUUUUCUAAGGGAUAAACUAAAUAGAACUUUUCAUAUGGAAUGUAUGGUCACCUGUUUUGCAAAAUGGCUAUUAACUUUGGGACUUUGCAAUUUGCAUGUAUGAUAUGCCACUAAUUUGAAGUUGAUUUAUGAAAUACUUAACUGAAAUUCACAAAUAAUCUUAGAAUUAAUUACAAUAGGUUGAAUUUUAUCCAGAUAAUAAUUGUAGUCGAAGCAGGGGUAUUAUAGGCUGGAAUUUAUUUACAUGUAUUGUUGUAGUAUAUCAGAAUAUUUAUAUUUCUGUAUAAUCAUCUGUUUGUUAAAUUGUAUUUAUUUUGUUUUGCAUUGUGGUGUCUCAACUGUAAAUUAUAUCAAUAUGUGAUUUAGUUUGAUAAGUAUUAUAUUGAUUAGAUGUGUUCAGUAAAUAUUAGUGUAUAUAUAAAACAUGCAAUCUACGCAACAGCUUAUGCUUAACUUUUAAAAGAAUUUUCUGAGCAUGCUGUAUAUUAGGCUUGAUAAAUGAAUGACUAUUCACUAUUGAUAGUAUUUUUUAAGAAUAGAGUUAUGGAUCAUAUGAUUGUAGAAUCUAUUUUAUGGCUGAUAAUUUAUCACAAAAAUUGUAUUCAGAAUUACUGUGAUUUAAAAUAUAGCCAUCACUAACAGUUUAUAAUUUCACUCAAUAAGUCAAUUUUCUUCAUGUUUAAGAUGAAUAUUAUUGUUUUAAGGUGUUAUUAUCAGAAAGGAGUUUAGUAAAACACUUGGUUGCCAAUAGACGGUUUACCAAAUUUUAUUUUUGUCGGUCACCAAAUCUGGUGUGGUUUAGAUAAAUAAGUUCUUGUCUGCUGAUAAAUUAUCAUUUGCACUGAAUCAUGAUUUAAAUAGUAACAGGGAGCAACUCACACUGAUCACCAGUAAAUAUUCGCUAGGCCGCUACAAUCACUGAUAGGGAUGAAAUCGUUGUGGAUUAAUGAGCUCAUGAUAUUAACUUUUUUCUUUCUGCAAAUUAAAUUCUAAAACAUUUCUUUGAAGUAUUAGAAAAAUAACAGUGUUUGAAGUAUAUCUAGAUAGUGUAACCAGUUUACGCUACAACGUCUUAUGUAAACAAUGCAUGCACCAUGGAGCCAAUGAUUGAUGCCUCAUGAUCUUACGUCACAUGUUAAACUUAUAAAGUUCAGUCAUCUUAUACAGAUUAUUAGAAGGCUUUCGUAAUAGGUCUGUGAAACGAAUUAAGAGUAACUAGGCUGUGAAAGAAUAAAAACUUGAGUUAUUACUUUUACAUUUUUCUUCUUGAAUUUCACUAAUCCAUUUCUCUGAUUUGAGGUCUUCUAGAAUAGAUUUUGCGAUUUUGUCAGCCUUUAAAAUCAAAGCGCUUUGGAUUUAGAUAGAUCAUCUUUAGAUCUGAAUUUUUUCAGACAAUAAUUACUUUAGACACUCUUAAUACUGCUUUUAAUUCAUGUAACAAUGUAUAAUCCUUGAGUGACAUUUAGCUAUCUGGCAACACUUUAACAAAACACAGUUUUUUAUGGGAUACAAUCAUUAGGUUUAUUCUAAAAGCACAAUGUUUCAACAAGUAUCCUCUUAUUGUUAGUGACUGUUUCCCAUAAAAACUGUGAUCUGUUAACAAUGUAUAAGCUUACUAUAUAGUAUAUUACAUACAUCUUUCUUUCAGAAAUUAGAUUAUUUAUUUUUAUUUCAAUGUUAUGUUAUAUAGGGACUUGUUCAAUUGUAUUAAUACCUGAUUAUUAGAGAUUUUUUUAAAUUAUAUAUUUUACUUAAUUUAGUGUGAUAGAUCUAACAUUCCAUUUAGUUCUCCAUUUAGUAUUCUACUUUAAUUAAAGUAACUGAUCAUCAUUUGAUCCACAUUAAUAUGUACUCACAUUGAUUAUUUAACUUUUAAUUAAAAAAACAAAAUCCAAUUGUCAAUGGUUUAAUCUCACCAUGCCUCACAUUGUUGUUGUUAGUUGUAUUUUACGUCCGCUUCCACCAAGGUGAUAUCGCAGACAAGCCAUGCCUCACAUUAUUAUUACUGUUCAUCUAAUUAACAGUUAACUAUGUUAAUGAUUCAAAUAUAAGUUCAUGGGUCAUCAGUUAACAAGUAUCUUAAAUGUUAUUCACUUAUCUUGCAUUCAAAAUUUACACAUGAAUCAGUCAAAUAUAUGAUUAGAAACUCACCAUCACUGUAUAAGGAUAUUUAUCACUCCAAUUACAAACAUAUCUUUAAAAAUUGCAAAUGCUCAAGUUCGUGUACGAUUUAUUUACAGAAGAGUUGAACACCGAAUAAGUGAUCUAAGAAUCGAACUGUUGACGGGAGUAAAACAUGCUAUUGAAUAUGCUUGUGGGUUUAUGAUUUGUGUUUAUAUAUAAAUUAUAUAUAAGCGGACUAUAGUUUUAAUCCUUUUGUAUUUGAUAAUCCCCGUGCUUGACUGCUCCUACAUGAGAAUUAUAGCGGAGGGCAUAACAUGACCUCUUAUCAACAGUAGAUAAUCUAUCAUCUUGCAUUCAAUGAGAUUUAAAAAAAGACCCGCCAAAAGAUUUCACCGAUCAUCAUAGGUAACGAUGGAUUGUAUUGACUAUAUAACGCCAUAAUUUUUAAUUCAUCUUUGUAAAUACUGAAUGGAAUUGGAUAGUGUAUGGACUGACAUUCCUUUCAGAGAUUUAAUCUUCACAAUAUUGUAGUUUGGAGGGGUUCAACAAUGCAUCAUAUGACGAUCAGAGACUUUAAUACAUAUUUAUAAAUUUUGUUUUUUCUUGGCUUUUUUUUUUUUUUUUUUAAAAUUCCCCACAUAUUUUGCUCAAUUUACCGGUAGUAGUUAUUCCAUCAUUAUUUCAUUCAUUGUUUAUAACAUAAGAGUUUUGUUUUCCUGAACACUAAAGAUGAGAAAUGCUAGUUUAAUGCAGACACUUGACUUAGUAAAGCAUUUUGUACUAUUAUUAAAGAAGUGUUGUGCAUGAGGUAGGGUAAGCUUUCCUGAAUACAAAGUGAUUUUGUCAUGUUUAAGAUUGAAUUGUUGCUCUUGCAGGGUAUGCUUACUGUGUAGAACACCUGGUACCACUUCUGAUUCAAAAUUAGUAUUUCACAUAGCUGAUAACUUUUGUUUCUUAAACUAUACCAGCAGUACAUGUGUUAAUAUACAGUAAGGACAAUGAACUGUGGUAGUGCUAAUGGUGAAACUGAUACCAUGCAUCUAAGAUUUUUGUUAUAAAUUGUAGUUUGUUGUAAGUUUACAUGGCUGAAUCUCAUAAAUAAAAUCAUCAGUGGUUCAUGUCAACUUAUUUUUUUAAGAUAAAUAUGUUCACCAGAGUUUGAAUGUAUUACUACGCAGAGAAGCAGUGCUUUUAACUUAUUUUAAGUCUAGUCAUAUCUAUGUAAAAAAUAAGUUGUUGUAAUUUAGGUUUGACUGUAUAAUACAUGUGCAUGAAUCUGUAGAACUUUUAGUCUAAAUGAUGCUUCAGAAGUUCAUAAUUUUGUUCUAUUGUACUGACUACUGUUUCAUUUCAUCACUGAACUGUAUCAAGGCUGUAAGAUUAUUCCUUAAACGUCUAUGAAUGCUUUCUUUUUUCUGCACUAGUUAGCUUCUGAGUUAACUAUAUAAAAAAAAUUCAUCAAGCUAAGACGACCAGAAAGCACUGGUGUCAGGCAUGAGCAGAGCAUGCUUAUUCUUUCCUAGAUAUAUGAAUAUGAUACCAUUUAUCACACCCUAUAAGGAGGAGGAUGUCUUGUGUUUGCUUACACUUUUAUUCACCUUUGACAUUCACUUGGUGUAUGUAUUUUUUCUUUAAAUUUGUAUUACCUGUACUGUAUGUGUGUACUUUCUAUUUGACUAAUCACCGCCUUCUAUUAUUUGUAAUGUAAAUAUUUUUCUGUAAUGGUCAAAAAUACUCUUUGUUUUUGGUCCAUAAUCCAUUUUUUUCUCAUCUGCAUGUACACGUAAAUUGUCUUUUUUUUUUAAUUUGAUUUUUUCCCCAUUUUUGAAAUGUUUUUAUCUGUUAUAUCAAUUAUGAAAAUAAAAUCAAUCA